GCAGGUAAAUGAUGCCUCGAGGUUGACUAUAUGCCAUUUAUAAAAUAAGCAUACAAGUAUCUCGUGUGUGGUAUUUUAUAUGCUUUUUUUUUUUUUCUUCAUUUCAAGUGUGUGCCAGAAUGAAAAUGCGUGUAUUCAGCAAGUGUCUUUUAAUACAAAAUGACUUGGAAUUUCAGGCUGAUCUUCAGUCGUGUUUUGAACUCAUAAACGUUAGCAUGACCUUUUUUUAAUUAGAUUCAUCAAAAAACUCAUCAAUAAAAUAUAUAUAAUAAUUUAAUUAUUUAUAAUUAUCAUUGAAUAAUUAAUUUGUUUUUAUUUUAAUUUCAAUCAAAUAUUGUGAUUGAUGAAUGAGAAUAUAUGUUUAUAUAUUUGUUGAUUAAAAAUUAGUGAAAACCACAAAGCUUAAUAUAUCGAGGUAGAUUAUGCCUCAUUGAAUUUCAGUGACGCUUUUGAUAAAUUAUUCUAAAAUCAGCGAUUAAUUUGUGGUGUGUGGAAUCGAUCCAACCACAACAACAGUAAUUUUAAUUCGAGAUAUUUGUUUAUUAAAUAAACACUGUAUAUUAAUUAGAAUAAAUAUCAACAAUGGAAUUAUUAGUACCAACAGUAUCUGAUAUUAUUUUUAAAUACUCAUGGACAAUUAAAAAUUAUAAAAAAACAAUAUCGAAAAACCAUACAAUUGAUAGUCCAAAUUUCGAUAUUAAUGUGAAUAAUAUAAGCAGCAGUUGGAGUUUGUCAAUAAGAUUUUGGAAAGGACCCGAAGGAAAAAGAAUAACAAAUCCAGUUGUAUUGUGUUUGAAUAUGUUAAAUUGUACAGUUGAUGAGAUUGAACAGGCAAAUAUACGUUUUCAAUUUGGUAUAUUUAAUACAGCAACAAAUCAUUGGGAAUAUUGUCAAGUUAGUCGUACAAUAUUAGAAUUAAAAACAACAUCAAAUAUAAUAUCACUUGGUUAUCGUGAUUUAUCAAUUGUUGAUAAACAUUUUAAAAAGAAUGGUGAUGUAUUAUUAACAGUUAAAAUUCAAAUAAUACAAUGUGACAAUGAAAAGCACAAUUUAUCACAGGAUAUGGCAAGAUUGCUUAAACAUCCAAAAUUUGCUGAUACAAAGCUAACAUGUGGUGGAUCAAGUCACAUAGAAAUUCCUGUUCAUGGAAGUAUUAUUGUUGCACGUAGCAAUGUACUUGCUGAUAUGAUUAUACCUGUUGAUGAUAUUGGUAUUGCAAGUAAUUGUCAUAAUAAAGAGGAUGAUGAAUCAAACGAACGAGUUUCUUCCUAUCGUUUUACUUUGGCACUACCUGAUCUUUCACGUGAAUUAACUGAGGAAUUGCUGAGAUAUAUUUACAGUGAUCAUAUUGAUAACUUGGAUAACUUGGCAAGUCAACUAUUGUCCUUGGCCGAGAGAUUUCAUAUAGAAGGUCUUAAAGAACACUGUGAGAGAAAUUUAAUCGAAUCAUUGGUGCCAGAUAAUGUAGCAUCAUUACUUUUAAUUGCUGAUGAAUUUAGUUGUGACUCUUUAAAACGUGCUAGUCUUGCAUAUUGUGAAGAAAAUGCAAUGUGUAUUCAUAAAAAUUUUACAUGGAAAAUUAUGGAACAAGUUAAUCCAGAAUUAUUUAAUGAAGUAUGUGAAGCUGGUAUUGGAAGUUCAACUUCAAGUAAUAUUGAUGACAGUGAAUUGAGUAAUUAAUUAAAAUUAAAUAAAUAAAAAAAAUAUUUAUGACUGUGUUAAUGUAUGUAUAAAUAAAGUAAAUAUAUAUUUAAAAACUUA